UGCUUAAUGCUAAUUGGACGUCAGGAUUGACCAAUGAGAGCAAAGACAUCUACCUGCCAGUGGAGAAGGGGGAUGGCGUGACAAAAUAGAAACUCUGCUAUAUUUCCGCCACUAAAGUUUAGGACGUCCCGAUAAUUUGAUGUAGCCUAAAGCGUAAAGUAAUCGGAUAAAGUUGACGGCACCGUUCCGAAUUUCAACAGAAUGGCAUCUGACAAGAUUUCUGCUUCUACGUUCCACUGGCAGGUUAACGUCAAUAGCAGCGGUAGAAACGCCUCAGUUUCCGAGCCAGGUUUUUAUCCUCAGGAAAAGGGAGCGGCGGAGUUCAAGCGCUGGUCCCCCGGUGGUCACAGUGAUCCCUCUGAACUCAUGAAUUGUCCACUGAACACCAAGAACAAUGCUGAAAAAAAUGAAAUUGAGGAGGUUGAUUUACAGUUUUUAGUGUCCAAUAUUUUGGAUGAAGGUGAUGAUACGCAGAGCGGCUUCUGCAAUCGUAGAAAGCCACCUAUUGUCAACAGUCCUUGGUCAUCCAAGACUUUGAGAGAAGACUUUUUACAGUAUUCUCAAUCAGACGAUACGCUUCCUAACUGUGUACCCGGUGAGAGUUUUAUUCAAUCCGAACUGGAGUCCGUGAACGAGAAGAAGCAGUUUACUGGCAUUUCUGCUAAUCCGAGCUGGCAUAUUGGCGGUGUCCUUAACGGAGACAGAGAUCCAUUUGACAGUCGCGACAAGAAACUGCCACCGGGUCUUCCCAUUCCCAAAGUGCCGAACCACGUCCCACCACAGGCACCCCGACGCAAGUACGACCUGUCGGCUGAUUGGCACUCAGCGGAUCGCGACUUCCCUCAACUCAGCGGUAUCUUUCAGCUCCAAAACAAGACGAGCGGACCACCAUUUGAUAUUUACGGGAGCUGGAUGAGUGAGAAUCCUAUUGAUAAUAAUGAGCAGGGCAUGCCGGAACACAUGAACCAACUGGUUAGUGGUUUGCAAUGUCUGAUGAGUGAUAAGUUUGAUCAAGGAUAUUAUGGAUGCCUUCCAAAUAUGGAAGCAAAGACAGAAUACCCUGAAGACAGCAUACUUGAGCGUUGGAAAUUCCCCAGCCAGGCAAUGCCAAUGUUCUGUGAAAAACCGCAGGAGAGAGAAUUUCGGGGCCCAAAUGUCAAACCGGCGUUUAACCAGAAUGAUUUUCAAGAAAUGUUGGGGCCGGAAAAUGAAAGCGCUCCGUAUUUCCAGCAAACGAAGCCCGGCUCGGCAAUUUCAAGCCUCCCAAACCGUUAUCAAAAAUGUAUCAAUAAAAAACGGUACUCCAACCUCGGCGUCAAACAGAGGCAGUCCAAGAUGAAGCCACAGAAGGAGAAGCAAAAGGAGAUGAUUUCUGUUUGCGUUCAGGAGAGGCCGAAAACCACCGCCUGUGUGUCGGAGACGCACUGGAGGCCACAGGUUGAUCACCUGGACGGCAUGCAGAGAUUUUACGAAGAAAACAUCAUGGGGAACAUGCAGCCGUUUUCGCCCCGUCUCGACAGUAACCCUAGAAGUUUCGCUCAACUGCCUUCCCGGUCUCAGAAAGACGUAACACCUGACGGAAGCGGUUCUGCUGACAUGAUUCCGGCGGCUGCCGUGGCUGGGAAUGGGGCCACGGCGUUGUAUCAUCUCAAAGGCUCAGAGGCUCACCGCGGAGGGGCUACUUCUAAAGACAAGGAAUCCGCUCUGGCAGCUUCCCUGGAAACUAAUCCCGGGAAACUUAUGUUCCAGUUUUACCUCUACCUGGAUGAAUGCUCUGAGCAGUUAAGCCACCUGGAAAGGGAGAGGAAGCAGAUUGAGGUCACCCUCGCCAAAUCAUUUCCUGGCACAUGGACUCCGCCGGCGACGUGCCCGGCCGCACUUCCGCGCGACUCUGCGAGAAUCAACUGCCUCAUUGUUAAUCAGAGGCAGGAGCUGGCCAAAGUGGAAUGGAUUUUGUACAAAAUAGAGUGUGAGUGCAAGGUUCCUCUCCAUGCCAACGUGCGCUUGGUGCUGAACAAUCAUCAACGCGCUCUAUCCUGCGUCCUGCGGGGACACCGGGAGGAGAUGGCCAACGUGUCCCAGCUUCAGGGGCACAGCACUCCAUUCGCAGAGGACAAAGACCUCCCGCAGUUGGUCACCGCCCUGAAGGAUCUUGCCGUGACCACCAGGAAGCUCCGCGCGGGCCUUUGGUGCGCUCUCCAGAUGACCAUGCCCACUCCCCUCGGGGGGGCAGAGGACCGCCUCCGCACCAACAGGGAGCUCUGCGCAGCGCUGUGGCACUCUAUGCCCGCUUCCGUUAGCGGGCCUUAGAACCACCUCGACGCAAACAGGGGAGCAAAUACACACG